AUGACGAAAAAUGCGAUGAAACGUUUGGGAUGUGUUCAGUCCCAGGGUGGUGAAGAUGCGAUACGUGCUCAUCCAUUUUUCCGCGACAUCGACUGGGAAGCGCUUGAAGCACGUCGUGUUAAACCGCCAUUUAAGCCCAAGAUUAAAUCAAAACGAGAUGCGAAUAAUUUUGAUGCAGAUUUCACCAAGGAAGAGCCAGUUUUAACACCAACCGAACCAGCCGUUCUAAGGACAAUAAAUCAGGAGGAAUUUCGGAACUUUUCUUUUGUAAAUCCUGAUUUUACGCUUAAUUAUUGA